AUGAACACAUUUACUUUUGCAGUUUUCUUCUUGGCACUGGGUGUUCUUGUCUGCGCAGGGGGUAACCCAUGUUGCUCAGAGCCAUGCCAGAACAAGGGUGUUUGCACUGCACAAGGAGCAGAUAAUUACGAAUGUGAUUGCACACGAACAGGAUAUCAAGGACACAACUGCACAACACCUGAAUUCCUGACCUGGAUCAAAGUAUCCCUGAAGCCGUCGCCCAACACUGUUCACUACCUUCUCACCCACUUUAAGGGCUUCUGGAACAUCAUCAACAACAUCUCAUUUAUCCGGAAUGGCAUCAUGAAAUAUGUGCUGACAUCUCGAUCCCACUUGAUUGAUAGUCCUCCAACUUUCAAUGCUGAUUAUGGAUACAAGAGCUGGGAAGCCUAUUCCAACCUUUCUUAUUAUACGCGCUCCCUCCCCCCUGUGCCGGAGAAUUGCCCAACCCCUAUGGGAGUAGUAGGUAAAAAGGAGCUACCUGAUGCAAAGCUAUUGGCUGAGAAGCUUCUGAUGAGAAGACAGUUUAUCCCGGACCCGCAGGGAACCAGCCUGAUGUUUGCAUUCUUCGCACAGCAUUUCACACACCAGUUCUUCAAAUCUGAUAUGAAGAAAGGACCUGCUUUUACCCUUGCUAAAGGUCACGGGGUGGACCUCAGCCACAUUUAUGGAGACACCCUGGAGAGGCAACAUAAGCUCAGACUUUUCAAGGAUGGCAAGCUUAAACAUCAGAUCCUGGAUGGAGAGGUGUACCCCCCAACAGUAAAGGAAGUGGGAGCUGAAAUGCACUACCCCCCUCAUGUUCCUGAGUCGCACCGCUUCGCUGUGGGCCACGAGGCUUUCGGCCUGGUCCCCGGUCUGAUGAUGUACGCCACCAUCUGGCUACGGGAACAUAACCGGGUGUGUGACGUGUUGAAGGAGGUCCACCCUGACUGGAAUGACGAGAGGCUCUUCCAGACCACCCGGCUCAUUCUGAUUGGAGAGACCAUCAAGAUUGUGAUCGAGGACUACGUGCAGCACCUGAGCGGCUAUAACUUCAAGCUCAAGUUUGACCCCGAGCUGCUGUUCAGCCAGCAAUUCCAGUACCAGAACCGCAUUGCGUCUGAGUUCAACACCCUGUACCACUGGCACCCCCUGAUGCCUGACACCUUCCAAAUUGAGGAGAAAGACUACAGCUAUAAACAGUUUGUCUUCAACACCUCCGUAGUGACCGAGCACGGCAUCGGAAACCUUGUGGAGUCAUUCACCAAUCAGAUUGCUGGACGGGUUGCUGGCGGCCGAAAUGUUCCAGGACCUAUUAUGUAUGUGGCCAUUAAAUCCAUUGAAAAUAGCAGACAGAUGCGCUACCAGUCUAUGAACGCCUACAGGAAACGAUUCUCCAUGAAGCCCUACACCUCUUUUGAAGACCUGACAGGAGAGAAAGAGAUGGCAGCAUUGCUCGAGGAGUUCUACGGCCACGUCGACGCUGUGGAGCUCUACCCGGGUCUACUGGUGGAGAAACCCAGGGAGAACGCCAUCUUUGGGGAGACCAUGGUGGAGAUGGGGGCCCCUUACUCACUAAAGGGCUUAAUGGGAAACCCCAUCUGCUCCCCGGAGUACUGGAAGCCGAGCACAUUCGGAGGCAGCGUGGGCUUCGACAUCAUCAACACCGCCUCGUUGCAGAAGCUGGUCUGCGAUAAUGUCCGGGGCCCCUGUCCCGUCGCAUCAUUUCACGUGCCCGACGUCAAAGAAACGGGAUCCACGAUAAUUAACUCAAGCUCCUCCCAGUCACGCGGAAGUGAUAUCAACCCUACGGUCAUCUUAAAAGAAAGGACUACUGAGCUCUAAUGUUUUAAUUUAGGCAAGGCAAGUUUAUUUAUAUAGCACCUUUCAACACAAGGCAAUUCAAAGUGCUUUACAAAAAUGAAAGACAUUAAGAAAGUGACAUUUUAAAACAGUCAUUAAAAAGCAAAGAUAAUAAAAUAAACAUUAAAAGAAAAAAUACAUGGAUACAAGUUACAGUGCAGUUUAAGAUGUGAAUAGUUCAAUUAAAAGCAGCGGCAAAAAGAAAAGUCUUCAGCCUAGAUUUAAAAGUAGUAAGAGUUGCAGUGGACCUGCAGGUUUCUGGUAGUUUGUUCCAGAUAUUUGGAGCAUAAUAACUGAACGCUGCUUCUCCAUGUUUAGUUGGGACAGAAAGUUGACCUUUCCCCGAAAACCUGAGUUUUGGAUGGUUCAUAAUCUAGCAGGAGAUUACAAAUGUAUUUUGGGCCUAAACCAUUUAUGAGGUCUAUGUAUUUAUUUAUUUAUUUAUUCUUGUAUUUAUUCUAUUCUAUUUAUAAUGUGAGAUUUUCCAUGCCUUUUUGAGACUAAUGUAUGUGGUUAUGUUAAUUUAUUGAACGAUUAAUUGUAUUAUUAUAUAAGUUAUUCUUGCAGUAAUGACCUCAGACACUGCAACUUGAUACUUGAACGUUUACAUUUUUCUAAUACAUAGCAAUGUACUUUACACCUCUAUUUUCUCUCCUGGAUCAAAUGCCUGAUCUUUCAUUAAUGUUCAUGCAAGUGAACGGCUGUCACACCACUCAACUGUUUUGCAGACAGUCAUAGAGUGUAAUAGUGAUGCACACAGUUCAUUUAAUGACUGAUAUUGAAUCUCUAGAUCCAAUGUUACAUAAUGUAGAGGGCAUUCAAUUCUAGUAUUAGUAUAUGUUUCUACUUUUUACUUUUUUUACUAAGCAGCACUGUUUUUUCAAAAUAGAUUGUUUAUUUUAAUUGAAUAGGAUUAGCAAAGUGAUGUACUGUAUAUGUUAGUUUUGACUUGCAAGAUGACACUAAUAAAUGCUUCCAGCAACUGGAGCCUGUUUUUAAGAAAUUAA